AUGGGAUUUGGAGAGGAUCUGUGGUGCCCUCAGGCACAUGCAGCAGUCAUGAGGCUGCUGGACUCAGAGCUUCACCUGAUGGAGGUCAUGAAGAAAUGGAUGGGUCAGCGGGCUAAGAGUGAGCGUGAGUUUUCUGUGCAGCUGCACCACAUGGCUACCAUGGUGGAAAAGCUGGACCGACCCCAGACCAGUGCAGGACUGGACUACAUCAGCCAACUCAACAAGUCGUGGGGAGUGCUGGUCUCUCAGACUGACCUUCUGAGUCAAGUGAUGAAGAGGCGCUCUGAGGAUCUGCUGAAUGGUCCCCUCAGCAAACUGACACUGCUGAUCAGAGACAAACAGCAACUCCGCAAGACUUACGCAGAGCAGUGGAACCUGCUGAGGCAGGAGCUAAGCAAGGUGACUCAGACGGAGCUGGAGAGGCUAAGGAACAGCUACAGACAGGCAGUGAGAGAUGCAGCUCAGGCUAAGAGGAAGUACACAGAGGCUUACAAAGAUAAAGAGCGAGACAAGGCUAAAGAGCGUUAUGUAAAGACUUCACUGAAACUCUACGAGUUGCACAAUGAGUAUGUGCUGUCUGUGCGAGCUGGUCAAGUUUACCACCAGCACCACUACAGUCAGAUCCAGCCUGCUCUGCUCAGUGCUCUGCAGACCCUGCAGCAGGAGAUGGCGCUCAUACUAAAGGAGAUCCUGCAGGAGUAUUUCGACAUCUCCACUGUCCUCCAUCAUGAGGUGGUGCAGAUCCACAGGGAGAUUUCUUCUGCUCUAACAGCAAUCGAUCCCUACAAAGAGUAUGAGAGCUUCAUCCACCAGAGCAGGUCUGUAGGGGAAAUUCCAUCAUGUGCAGAGUUUGAAUGUUGUGCUUUGGAGGAAAUGGAACGGCUUAAUCCUGGAGAGAUUGAACUAAAUGAUCUCACGCUUGAAUCAAUCCAGCACAAACUGACCACUGUAGAGGAGGAACUGCUGGAUCUGGCUCGGACUCUAGGCUCUCAGCAGACAACGGCGGAACAGCUAGAGUUGGAACUGGAGGCAGAACAGGAAGGUGUCAAGAGGGGCCAAAGGGUCUACCAGUUCAGCAAGAGACAUGUGCUUGAGGAGUGCCGGCAACAGGUUGCGCUGUCUCAGGGCGUGAGAGCCAAGCUGGAGGCCCAGAGGCGUCUUAUGAAGGAGAAACUGGAACAGCUGGGCUCCAAAGAACCUCCUUCUGCUCUGAAGCUGGACCCAGACACUGUCUCACUCUCAUCCAACGCAAGCAAUGACCACAGCCAAAUUCCUCCCAAAGUCCUCAUGGAUGGUAUCAUUAACAACCUGAGUGGCUUUUUUAAACCUAAAUGUGAGGCGCCUCCUGACCUCCCCUCGAUGCAUAAGUUCGACCGUCCUCUGGGCCAGCAGGACUGGUACCAUGGAGCCAUUCCCAGACCCGAAGUCCAGCAGCUGCUGAAGUAUGACGGAGACUUCUUAGUGAGGAAGAGUCAAGAAAAGCAAGGCUAUGUGCUGUCUGUGCAGUGGGAAGGAGCCUGCAAGCAUUUCCUCAUUCAGAACACAGAUAAUCUGUACCGUCUGGAUGGAGAAGGCUUCCCCAGUAUCCCACAGCUUAUCCGUUAUCUACAAUCCUCACAACAGCACAUCACCAAGAAGUCUGACAUAGUGCUGAAGAAGCCUGUACUGAAGGACAAGUGGGUCCUGGAUCAUGAUGAUAUUGUCUUGGGACAACUGAUUGGACGGGGUAACUUUGGAGAAGUGUACAGUGGUCGUUUACGCUCUGAUAACUCUCCUGUUGCGGUGAAAUCUUGUAAAGAGAACCUGGCCCCAGAGCAAAAGAACAAGUUCCUGAUGGAAGCCAGGAUCUUAAAGCAAUACGACCAUCCAAACAUUGUGCGUCUGAUCGGUGUGUGCACUCAGAAACAGCCCAUCUACAUCGUCAUGGAGCUCAUUCAAGGUGGGGAUUUUCUCUCCUUCUUGCGGCAUGAGGGUCACAGUCUAACGCCGAAGAUACUGGUCAAAAUGACAGAGAAUGUAGCGUCUGGCAUGGAGUACCUGGAGAGCAAGAAGUGCAUCCACAGGGACUUGGCAGCAAGAAACUGUCUGGUUGCAGAGAAAUUCUUGGUGAAGAUCAGUGAUUUUGGGAUGUCACGACAGCAGGAUGACGGUGUUUACUCUGCAGAGGGGGGCCUCAGACAGAUACCUGUCAAAUGGACGGCUCCUGAAGCCCUGAACUAUGGCCGUUUCACCACAGAUAGUGACGUGUGGAGCUUUGGCGUCUUACUGUGGGAGACCUUCUCUAUGGGCCUGACACCCUACACGAGCAUGUCUAACCAACAAACAAGAGAAGAGGUUGAGAAAGGAUACCGUAUGCCAGCUCCACACAACUGCCCCAUGGAAAUCUCCAGAAUCAUGAGCAGCUGCUGGCAGUAUGACCCCAAAAAAAGGCCGUCUUUUAAGAUGCUUCGGACUGAGCUCAGUGCCAUACACAAGAAAAUUACAUGAUACAAGCCUGCCUUUGUUAUUUGUUUGUUAGUAUACAUCUUGACAUGCAGAUUUGAAGCAAAAUAACAAUUUAUCUAAAAAAUAUAUUUUGUGUGGAAUAAACUUGAAAACUGAUUUUCUUUUAGACUAGUAAAAUAUCAACCAGUU